AUGGGCGACGAAGGUGAGAAAACCCCCGAUUCCAGCAAAAACAAAGACAAGAUUGAAACCUCUGGUUCCAAUCCUCACUCUCUACACCCUGUAUACACUGUAACAAACAUCCAACACAAAGUUCGUGUUUUGGACGGAAGCAAGGUAACCUACUCUUCAUGGGUCAAGCUUUUUCAACUAAAUGCUCGCGGGUAUAAGGUCUUGGACCAUAUUGAUGGCAGCCUACCACCCGAGGAAACAGAUCCGAACAUGACCUCUUGGCUUGAGAUCGAUGCCAUUGUCCUUCAAUGGAUAUAUUCGACUGUUUCCGAUGAUCUUCUGGUUCGAAUUCUUGAAACCGAAUCAACCGCACUCGAAGCAUGGAACCGACUGGAAAAAAAAUUUCUCAACAACAAAGGCCCUAGAGCAGCUGCGUUAGAAAAAGCCUUCACUAAUCUUACCCUCAAAUCCAUGUCGUCUCUUCGUGACUAUUGUCAAAAACCUCGAGAAAUUUCGGCUCUAUUAGCCGAUGUUGAUCAGCCUGUGUCCGAUAAUCGACUUAUCAUUCAACAUGUCAGCGGUCUUCCGCCUGAAUAUGACGUCGUUGCUGCUCAACUACACAAGGAUCUCCCACCAUGGGAAGAAGCAAUCAAUCUUCUUGAUGCUGAAGAACGUCGUCAACAGGCCCAUCAACAAGUCGAGUCUAUUGUAGCUGCUGCUGUCCCUGACCCACCUCCACAACACUCCAACCCACCUGCACCUCGGCGUGACAAUGACUCACGUGGUCCGAAUCGUAACAACCAACGUCGUUCCAACUCAGGAUUAUGGCAAUGA